AUGGCGCCCCUCAUCAACCACCUCUAUACUGCUGACCCCUCAGCCCAUGUCUUCAAUGGCAAGAUUUAUAUCUACCCCUCGCAUGACCGAGAGACCGACAUCAAGUUCAACGACAAUGGCGAUCAGUAUGACAUGGCAGACUACCACGUCUUCAGCACCUCAUCGCUGGAUCCUUUGGAGCCUAUCGUCGACCAUGGCGUCGUCCUGAAGACAGAGGAUGUUCCGUGGGUUUCGAAGCAGCUUUGGGCUCCCGAUGCUGCCUUUAAGAACGGCAAAUACUAUCUCUACUUCCCAGCUCGUGACAAGCAAGACAUCUUCCGAAUUGGUGUCGCCGUCUCGGACAAGCCUGAGGGCCCCUUUACUCCAGACCCUGAACCAAUUCGGGGCAGCUACAGUAUCGAUCCGGCCAGCUUUGUAGACGACGACGGCCAAGGAUACCUCUACUUUGGAGGCCUUUGGGGUGGUCAGUUGCAGUGUUAUCAACAGGGAAACGAUGUAUUUGACCCCGAGUGGUUAGGUCCUAAGGAGCCCAGCGGUGAGGGAGCUUAUGCGUUGGGUCCCCGUGUCGCUAAGCUCACCGACGACAUGCAUCAGUUUGAUGGCGAGGUCCAGGAGAUUCUGAUCCUUGAUCCGGAGACCAAGAAACCCAUUCCAGCCGACGAUCACGACCGCCGCUUCUUUGAAGCGGCCUGGGUGCACAAGAAGGACAACCUCUACUACUUUUCUUAUUCUACUGGGGACACCCACUACCUCUGCUAUGCAACGAGCGAAAACCCCUUGGGUCCUUUCACAUAUGGUGGACGCAUUUUAGAGCCCGUGCUAGGGUGGACCACGCAUCAUUCCAUAGUCGAGUUUAAGGGUCAGUGGUGGUUGUUCCACCACGACUGCGAGCUGAGUAAUGGUGUAGACCACCUCAGAUCCGUCAAAGUCAAGGAGAUCUUUUACGACAAGGACGGCAAGAUAACGACUGAAAAACCACAGUAG